AUGCUUGUUAUCUUUCAACUUACACUCCUUGCUUUUAUUGGACUCUCAUUAGCACUUGUUGUUGGAGUACCUGUACUUCUUGCUUCACCAGAAGGGUGGGCAACUUCAAAAGGACUUGUAUUCUCAGGUUCAGCGCUUUGGAUCCUCUUAGUUUUCGUUGUUGGAGCAUUAAACUCAUUUGUAUCUUAA